ACGGUGCCUUUUCACUCUGCCGAAUCUCUGACACACCUUCAUAGCAAAUUUGAGCUCCUCUUGUCUCUCUCUCUCUCUCUCUCUCUCUCUCUCUCUCUCUCUCUCUCUCUCUCUCUCUCUCUCUCUCUCUCUCUCUCUCUCUCUCUCUCUCUCUCUCUCUCUCUCUCUCUCUCUCUCUCGCUCUCGCUCUCGUUCUCGUUCUUGUCCUCUCUCUCUCUCUCUCGUUCUCCCUCUCUCACUUUCGUAAGUGUUGCACUGAAGACAGUGCUGGGUUUCCUGAGAGGCCAAGAGAGCCGUGAGAGAGGAACUGAAAUCAAAACGCCUCUACUAAAAAGAUCCCCCGCCUAGGGUGCAGCACACACUCCGGCCCCCGCCGACCCCCCCGACCCCACCAUGUCCCACCACAGAGAGGAGGACCUGAUCGGGAUCCCCUUCCCCAACCACAGCAGCGACAUCCUGUGCAGCCUGAACGAGCAGCGCCGGGACGGCCUGUUCUGCGACGUGGUGCUGAUCGUCCGCGACCAGGAGUACCAGACGCACCGCUCCGUCCUGGCCGCCUGCAGCCAGUACUUCAAGAAGCUCUUCACCGUGGUGACCGCCUCCGACAACCACAGCAACCACGGGGAUCAUCGACAGCAGCAGCCGCAGACGGCGGCCGCGUACGAGAUUGACUUUGUGGGGGCCGAGUCGCUGACGGCCAUCUUGGAGUUCGCCUACACCUCCACGCUGACGGUGACGGCGUCCAACGUCAAGGAGAUCCUGAACGCCGCCCGCCUGCUGGAGAUCCCGUGCAUCAUCAACGUGUGUCUGGAGAUCAUGGACACGGGAGGAGGGAGGGAAGGAGGUGAAGGAGGAGAGGAGGAGGAGGAGGAGGACAUGGAGGACGACGAGGACGAGGAGGAGGAGGACGACGAGGAAGAGGAGGAGGAGGAGGACGGGUCGAGGAAGGAGGAGGACGAGGAGGGAGGCAGCGAGAGGUCGACGCGGUCGCCGGAGAGCCGGGGCGAAGGGACGCCGCGCGGGAGGGAGGAGUCCCCGCCCCCGAGCACGUCGCAGUACCACCGCCACCUCCACUACCGCAACAACAGCAACAACAACAGCAGCUAUGAGCUGCACGCCAACAACAGGCAGUCACAGUCGCCGGACAACAUGAGAGGAAAACAGGAGAGCACCGAGAGCCGCGCCCUGAAGGACUUCUCCAUCAAGUCCCUCCUGCAAGACGGGCUGUACCCGCGAAUCGCCUCCGCCCUGGACAAGAGACAGGCCACCUUCUCCCCGCUCCUGCCCAGCUUCUACCCUUCCAUGUGGGCCGCCGAGAUCUCCGGCUUCCCCCAGCAGCUGCUGGAGCCCGGGCGACACCACCACCACCACCACCUCCACCACCACAACCGCCACCUCCACCAGCAGCCACACCCGCACCCCCACAACGGAGGCCCACCCCGGGGCAGACACUACCCCCCCGGGUCCUCGGCGGCCCCCCAGCUGGAGAGCUCCAGGCCCCUGGACCUGGCUGUGAAGAGGGAGGUGAUCAAGGAGGAGGUGAAGGAGGAAGUGACGCACAGUGGCGCUGGCGUGCUUCACGGUGACUUCCUGAACGAGCUGGUGGGCUCCGGCCUCGUGGGGGGUCUGGGGGGUUCUGAGACCCCCGGCGUGAACGGCGGUGGCGGUAGCGCGAGCGUCGCCGGGGGAACGCCGUCCCUGGAAGGCCACGUCCCGCUGGGCCAGAUCAAAGACGAGGCCGACUUCCGCUCGUACCUGAGCUUCCUCAGCUCGGCCUCCCACCUGGGGGCGCUGUUCCCCCCCUGGCAGCUGGAGGAGGAGCGCAAGAUGAAGCCCAAGGCUGCCCAGCAGUGUCCCAUCUGCAACAAGGUGAUCCAGGGCGCGGGGAAGCUGCCCCGGCACAUGAGAACGCACACGGGGGAGAAGCCCUACAUGUGCACCAUCUGCGAGGUCCGCUUCACCAGACAGGACAAGCUGAAGAUCCACAUGCGCAAGCACACGGGCGAGAGGCCCUACAUGUGCCUCCACUGCAACUCCAAGUUCGUCCACAACUACGACCUGAAGAACCACCUGCGCAUCCACACGGGCGUGAGGCCCUACCAGUGCGAGCACUGCUACAAGAGCUUCACGCGCUCCGACCACCUCCACCGCCACAUCAAGAGACAGAGCUGCCGCGUGUCCCGCCCACGCCGGGGCCGCAGGCCCGCCGCCUGGAGGGCCACUCCAGGGAGCGUCAGCAACAACAGCGACAACUUCCUGUGUCAACCGGCUGCCGUGACGACGACGUCGACGUCGACGACAGGCGUGACGUCAAACCGGACCUUCGAGGAGAACGGCUUGUUGCUAGGCUCGCCCUACGCGGGGGUCAAGGCUCUCAGCGGUCUGGCGGGCGUGAAGGGUUUGAUGGCGAACAGGGGCAGGGGUCAGGGGUUUAGGGGCAGGGGGGCGGGGAAGGAGGAGGAGGCGGGGGAGCUGAGGGGCGGAGCCGGGAGGCAGAGGGGUAUGUUCUCCUUCACGCUGGCCGGAGACAAGGUGCUGAGCCGCUCGGGGUUCUACGCCCCGCCCCCCGACCCGUGGACCAUGCGGCUGGAGCGGCCGCCGCCCGUACCCGAGCCUGCAAACUGAGCUCCCAUUGGUGGAGCUUUGAAAGGACUUUUAAGGACAGCCGCGGUGAUUGGAUAUUGGGGAAGAUAUGAUUUGAAUAUGGUUCAACGAUGGAGAAAGAUAAAGAGGACGUUUUGAAGUAUGGUAUAGCUGUUUACUUUUACAGAUGUUCCUUUGUUUAAGAAAAGUAAGCUGAUUCAUUCCGCUGGUGGUUUUUGAUAGCAUUUAAGAGAUGCAAGCGCAAUCAAAACGGAUCUACGUAUAUAUUUUUCUAGAAGGAAGCCCCAGAGAGUACACUGAACUGUUAUUGUUUGCCUUAUUGUUCGAUUCAGAUGCAGGUUUGUGUUUUUCCAGAAGACUGCUGAAUUAAUCUCAUGGGUCUUGAUGAAGUAUGCGGACACAAUCCCUUCAAAGGUCCUUACUGUCCCAAGUCACUAUUUUUAUACUAGUAUUUAUUAAUUGAGGAUUGAUGAUGAAUGUACUUUAAAAAACCAAAACAUUAAGAAGUAUUCUAAAUACACAAAACAAUCGCCCCACAUUCCAAAACAUUGUGCCAAAAAAACCACCCAUUUCUCAUUUGCAUAUUUUGAAAUGCCUGGCGUUGUGAUGACUUUAGACUUUUAAAGUGCUUGAUAAACAACCUAGCACAACCACAUGGAUCUGUUUGUGUUUCUACAUUUUGACCACAUUAAAAAUGAAAGGAAUUAACUUGAAGUGGUGUCAGUCAGGGUUAGGGUUAGGCGCUAAACGAUGUUCAUAACAAAUCUACUGCCUGUUCUUUUCUCUGUUUUCCUUUGGGCUGCACUAUUGUACAUAGUCUCAAACUCUCAGCCAUGGUGGUGUUACUUGCUUUUGCUCAUGAUGUUAAAAUGUGUUGCUUUAAAAUUAACGACUUUAAGGGACCUUUCCAAAGAUGCUGAGAUUGCUCCUUCACAAACUUGAAUAAGCCUUGUUAUAAAUUUUGAAGUGUGUUAAAAGGUGUAUAUUUCUGACUAAUCAAAUGCAGCUUUAGCCAUUUCUUUGUGUUUUCUGUGUUAAGAAAUCGAAAGGGUUUAAAACCCUGUUUUCCUAUAUUGUUUAUUUCUGAUUUACGUGUAAAACAAUUAUUUCAAAUUUAUUUGAAUUGAAAUGGGAAAAUGUUUUCCUGCUAUUUAUGUGUAUUUAAAUGAAUGAGCCGUGGCUAUAUUUUGCAAAUCUGUUUUAUAAAGACACUAAA